AAUCCAAACAAUACCUUAGUGAAGUAAUAAUCUAAAUAAAGGGAAUGAUGCAUCUCCUCUCACUUUCGUCUCCUUUCCCUCCAAAUUCCCGAAUCCAAGCUCACUGCAAGUCUGCAAUUCAGACUCUCCAUUAUCCCUCUUUCGCUGCCGACCAGCACUGCAGAAGCGUCAUCCUCCGCCGACAACUGUGCAUCAACUACGUAGAGGGAUCCUCGUCGCCGCGCGCCAUCGAAGCGUCACUGUCCCAGAUUUGGUUUUCCUCUCCCUUGUGCGAAAACGGAAGCCACAGAUCUGGGUUUUCCUCUCCUUUGCCCAGUUGCUCCUCCGUCCCUCCUCCUCUCAAAAGGUUUUGCUCUCUCUCUCUCUCUCUCUCUCUCUCUCUCUCUCUCUCUCUCUCUCUCUCUCUCUCUCUCUUUCCGAGUCAUUCCAUAUGAUUUUGAAUCUCUGGUUUACAUUAUGUUUAUGCUUCAAUUGUUACCGACUUCAAAAGGGGAAAAAUUAGAUAUGUUUUUAUAAAGACGAUGCAUUUGAUAAAGAAAUUGCUCACAUGAUUCCUGGAGGGGAAGCCAUGGAAGACCAUUUCCGCUCUUCUUUAGUCAACUUCAUUUAAUUCAUGGCUUCAAAAUCUACAGACAGUUCACUUCUGUUCCUCGUUCUUGUUCCUACAAAUCAAAUCCAGUAGCUGAAACUCAGCAGAACACCUUCGGAAGCAAAAUCAUGGACUAUGGUAAUUCCAGAUCUGCAAGCUGUUAGGUUUAACAUUCAGAUCAUGAUGAUCUCUGCAACCGUGAAUGGAGUUACCUGCUGCCUCAGGUUCCCUGGUCAACUCAACUCUGACCUUCGGAAGCUUGCUGUAGACUUGAUUCCAUUCCCUCGUCUCCACUUUUUCAUGGUUGGGUUUGUUCCUCUGACCUCCCGUGGAUCCCAGCAGUACCGUGCCCUCACUGUCCCAGAACUAACCCAACAAAUGUGGGAUGCAAAGAAUACGAUGUGUGCUGCAGAACCAAGGCAUGGUCGCUACCUCACUGCUCUGCCAUGUUUAGGGGCAACAUGAGUCCCUAGGAAGUGGAUGAGCAAAUGAUCAAUGUCCAAAACAAGAACUCUUCCUACUUCGUGGAGUGGAUUCCGAACAAUGUUAAAUCUAGUGUCUGUGACAUUCCACCAAGAGGGCUCUCAAUGGCAUCCACUUUUAUUGGGAACUCAGCCUCCAUCCAGGAAAUGUUCAGGAGAGUGAGUGAACAGUUCACUGCCAUGUUUGGGAGAAAAGCUCUCUUGCACUGGUAUACUGGUGAAGGUAUGGAUGAAAUGGAGUUCACAGAAGCUGAGAGCAACAUGAAUGAUCUUGUGUCUGAAUAUCAGCAAUACCAGGAUGCUACUGCUGAUGAGGAAGGAGAAUACGAGGAGGAGGAGGAAGGAAUGGAGCACAUGUGAGGCAAGAUAGAACACAAAGGUACCAUGUUAUGUAUGAUAUCAUGCAUGUGUACUUCUACCUGGUAUGUGAGUGAAAAACCUUUCUCUAAAAUUUUAUUUGUCCUUGAAGUGCAUCCGUAGAGCAAGGAGAAUCACAAUGUUCUCCCAGGAAAAUGGUAAGAUGUGGAGAGAUAUUAUGAGUGGGAAUGUUCAGGUAUUUGUUUGAAAGCUGUUUAUGUUGAACUUUUAUGCUUGGUUUUGAACCCCUUUUACUUCCCAUACUGCCAGUAUCUCAUAUUUUGUUCAAUGGUAACGUGCCCUGCAUAUUUUUGU